AUGUCAUCUGUUGUGUGUCACCCAAUUCUCGAUACUCAAAACGGAAUCGCCACCGAUGCGGCCAUCAAAAAGCAACGCCCGCCGCCACUUGUCAUUUCCAGACCCCGUGACUUGGUGCGAACCCAACUAAAUCGAAACCUUAAAACAAGAUUUCAUAUUCCAUUUUUCAGAUCCAAGAGGCAUGCCAGAAACUUGUCAUCAGCGACCAUCAGCUGAGACGGAUCAUGCAAUUGAUGGAGAAAAGCAUGGAGCAGGGACUUGCCAGUAAGUCCGCCCAAUCUGAAAAUGAAACCAAUCGAAUCAGUUCCAGCUUCGACGAAGAGUGUCGCCGUCAAAAUGCUGCCGACUUAUGUCGAUGCGGUGCCGAACGGAACUGAGGUAACAUCGUUUAAGUCGGAUUGGCAUUCUCGCAUCUUCUUUCAGAAAGGAGAUUUUCUCGCUCUGGAUCUUGGCGGAACGAAUUUCCGUGUGCUGCACAUUCGAUUGGAGGGAAAGAAAACUCAGAUGACCGGAAAAAUCUUCCGUGUUCCAGAGAGCAUCAUGAGAGGAUCCGGAGAAGCGGUGGGUAACUUUCGCCGACUUAUUCACUGAAAAUCGCUCAUUUAAAGUUGUUCGACCACAUCGCCGACUGCAUGGCCAAGUUCAUGGAGGAGAACAAUCUGAAGGACGCCACCAAACUGCCGCUCGGAUUCACUUUCUCGUUCCCUUGCCAGCAGGAAGGACUCACCAAAGGAAAGCUGGUCACUUGGACGAAAGGGUUCAAGGCUUCCGGAGUAGAAGGAGCCGACGUCGUCACUUUACUCCGUGAGGCUUGCCAGAGAAGAAAGGAUAUUGACAUUGACGUUGUCGCUCUUCUGAACGACACUGUCGGAACUCUGAUGGCUUGUGCCUUCCAGGAGAACACGUGUCAGAUCGGAGUCAUUGUCGGAACUGGAACGAAUGCCUGCUACAUGGAACGUCUCGACCGCAUUCCCAAAAUGGCAGGAUACGUGGACGAGCACGGAGUGACUCCCGAAGAGAUGAUCAUCAAUACUGAGUGGGGAGCAUUCGGAGAUGACGGAGCCCUCGAUUUCCUCAGAACCAAAUGGGACGAUGUCGUCGACAGAGAAAGCAUCAACCCGGGACAGCAUCUGUACGAGAAGAUGAUUUCGGGAAUGUACAUGGGAGAAGUCGCCCGAGUUGUUCUCGAAGAUCUAGCGAAGCAAGGACUUCUGUUCGGAGGACACUCUGACGCCAUCUCGAUUCCACAUUGCUUCCCUACCAAAUUCGUUUCGGAGAUUGACAGCGAUCUGUUGGAGGAUGACGACCGUACCUUCCAGAAAACGUACCAGAUUCUCGAGGACAUUGGAGUCGAGACGGUGUCCGCCAACGAUUGCGCCAACGUCGCCUACGUGUGCAGUCUCGUCUCGACUCGUGCCGCCCAUCUGACGGCCGCCGGAAUCGCGAUGCUGCUCAACCGAAUGAACAAAAAGCACGUGACGGUGGGCGUCGACGGAUCGGUCUACCGUUUCCAUCCGACGUAUCCCAAACUUCUCGACGAGAAAAUUGCAGAGCUCAUCGUCGGAGACAUUGAGGUGAGCACAUUUCACAGUCCUCUGAGCUCGAUCACUAAGCAAUCAAUUAUUUUUCAGUACCAACUCAUGCUUUCGGAGGAUGGAUCCGGCCGUGGAGCUGCUCUCGUCGCCGCUGUCGCCACACGUCUGAAGGAGGAAAAGCUGGCCGCGUUGGCCAACAACGCCUAA